GAAUCCGACAAGCUUGGUUGAUCCGUACGGUUCCAACAUUACAUCACAGAGAGACUAAAGUCACGAGAGUCUGUCUUUACCUAUCUCUAAUAUUAUCAACUAAAUCUUCAUCACUGACUGGACGGAACAUGAAGUCGACAAUCCAUCUUGGAAUACUCCUUCUUUGUUUGAUUGCUUUGGCAACACUGACUACUGUAUCCGGCAGACUGAAGUGUUACCAGUGUAAAGUAGAAGCCAAUAGUUUGUGCACGGAUGACUAUCUGCUGCCCUGUCCAGAUGACCAAGCGUACGACACGUGCAUGACGACCAUAGAACAAACUAAGUCAAGAUUUAUCAUUACGAAAACAUGUGCUUUAGGCCCGUGUAAUCUACUUGACAGUAAACAGAGCACAGGUCUUGGGCUUGAUCACUGUGACAGAAGCAGCUCAGAAUAUUCAUGUGUUCACUGCUGCAAAGACGACGGCUGUAACAAAGAUGGAGUUGACAAUGUUCAUCCUUCACUGGUCACAAUGUUUAUUUUACUCUUUCUUACAACAGUCGUGUUCUUAUCCUUCUCUGGAUAAACAAUAAACUUUUCUAUUUUGACAUAGACUUUAAAUAAUUAAAGGAAAAAAAGUUUCCGUAUCAAUUUCAAUUGCUACGAUUUAUUUAGCAGCUAAAUUAAUUUUGAAAAACCUGAAUUUAUCCAGAUAUUCUUUUUUAAACUUAAGAACUAUUUUAAAUUUAAGUAUCAACAUUAGUUAAUGCUGAUCAUCUGGUUUAUUUCAAGUUUUAAUUAAUCAUGAGCUGACACUUUUGUUCAGACUCACAUUUUUCAAAUCUUGUCUUUUAUCUAUUUGUGUGUUCACUGGAAAUAAUUCUUUGGCCUUUUUAGAUUUUUAUUUCAACAUUCUAUUUUAGAAUUCUACUGCAUGUAUUAAGUAAAAAAACAAACAAAAAGACUAAUAAUUGUCACAUUAAUCAUUAGUUUAAUCUACUAGAAUACCAACCAUAUUUUCAUAAAUAAUGUUCGUUUAUUAAAGACUAAGUACUUAGUUUCUGCUACCAAGUCAAGUCAUUGAUACUAAAAGUAUGCUAGUCACAAAUGUUUCACAAUAAGGGCAUCGCAGCAUGGUCACGUGAUACCCUCAGUUCAACAUUAUAAUAUUUCAUGUUUUGUAAUUUUUAUAUUGUAUGCAUGAACUAUGUUUUCUGAAUAUCUCAGUAAAUGGUGUGAUAUGUAUGGAAACACUGCUCAAUGACUGUAUCAAUUUGAAUAGUUCACUGAUUUAGUAAUGCCUCAGAAAUAUUAGCUGUUGUCAUAUUACGACUUUCCCAAAGAAAUAAGAUGCUACAUAACUGUAUCCAGAAAAAUGAGAUGCUACACAACUGAUUCCCAGGGAAUAAGAAGCUACAUAACUGUAUCCAGAGAAAUGAGAUGCUACACAACUGAUUCCCAUAAAAUAAGAUGUUACACAAUUGAAUCGUGAAGUAAACUAAUUGUCUGUCAAAAUCUUUGAUUAUGGAUGAAUAUACAUGUAUGCCAGUACUCUUCAACUUUCAAUUUAGGUUACAAAUAGAUGGUUUUAUCACUUUACGUUACUAAGCCUAAACCAAGGUUUUACCAAUUAAAUAUUACAGACUGUU